CCUGCAUAUAUGCUAAAUAAGCAUUUUUUAUUGUUUAAAUAAGCAUUUUUUAAAUAAAAAAUAAAAAAAAUAUUUUUUUAUGUAAACAAAUCCACAAAAAUAAUAUGCAUCUAAUGUGCACUAGAUAAGCACUGUUUCAGGAGGAAUAGGACGCAAUUAAUGCAAUUAGAAAGCUCGGCCCGGGUUUCAGAUUCCUAAGUCAACAAGGACCAUGUGAUUCAACCCAAUGCGGUUCGGAUUCAAAACUAUAUUACCCGGGUGGGUGGGUGAUUUAUCAAGAUCAAUGGCAACCUUAAACCCUGCUAACCCUAAUAACCAGCUCUACGACAAAGAAGAAGAAGAAGAAGAAGAAGCUCUUCGUUCACUCGCAAGCAUGAAUCUCAACGAACACCACUCCGGUUCCGGUUCUAGUUCUGCCGCGCAUUCGACAACAAAUUGGGGCAAUUAUGAGACUAAUAAUAAUAAUGAUAACAACUUUUAUUCUCCCAAUAUUUGGGCUCGGAACAAUCCCCCUGCAGCUCCAACAUUAGUUGUGGAGGCUGCUAAAACUAUGGAAGGUUCCAUGGUGUUGCAGAGGUUUCUGGAUGAGGGAAAUCAUGUUCUCAGGCAACAGAUUUUUAAGGGUAUUCUUGGCAACCUCUUUGAGGUCAUGACUAAUGAAUUCGCACACCAUCUCUUCCGGAAGCUUCUGGAAGAUUGCGAGUCGAGAGAAGUUCAAACCAUCGUCUUCACAUUGUGUUCACACGACCACCUGUUUGUAGAGAUAUCUCUUCAGAAGUACGGUUCUACUGCAAUUCAGAACCUGAUCAAGAAACUGAGAAGGUUGGGUUUUGGCAAAACCAUUACGCAUAUUCUUUCCCAGAGGUUUCUUGAACUAAUGACUAGCGCACAAGGCCAAUAUGUUGUGCAACAAUGCUUGAAGACCUUCAAGCCUAACGAGAAUCGGGUGCUGUACGAUGCUCUAGUGUACUACCUCAUAGAACUAGCCACUUGCCGAUAUGGAUGCAUAUCCCUAAACAUUUGCCUCGAUUGCAUGAGCAGGACACACCAAACAAAACUUCUUGAGCAAAUUGUAGAGCAUUCAGAAUUCCUGUCACAUGAUCCUUGGGGGCACUACGUGGUUCAGCAUGUACUUACCUUGAAAGAGGAAAAUAUCUCGCGGGCCAUAUGCAUUCGUCUGGAAAGACAUUACAUGCACUUGGCUCAGAGAAUGGGCGGCAGCCAUGUAGUGGAGAACUGCAUGAAAUCAUCAGAGUUUGGAAUGGAAUCUGUUGUUAGAACUCUCCUGCGGAGGGAAAAGGCACUCCUUCACCUUGCAUCAGAUAAGUUCGGAAACUAUGUUGUCCAGAAAGCUUUAGAGGUUACAAAGCAAGAUAAUAGGAAACUUUACGAGUCUCUUGUCAUGGUUAUCAUGACAAAAAAAUCGGCUCUUUCGGGUAAUGUGAUUGGAAGACAUGUGAUUAAUAUGAUCAAACGACUGGAGGACAACAAUGUAUAGAAUUGAUCCCAUGGUUCAGAAGAGAACCUACAUAUGUACCUUUGUAUUUUUGUCUAUGAAGAUGGACAGAGAGAAGUUUGGUUUUUAUUGCAGCAAAAGCAUUAUGUUAUUGUAUUUUAAUGUAUCUUUGGUACAGCGUAAAACUUCCCUUUGUUAUUAUUGCCCGGUUUGAUCGGACACAUAAGUUGGAAAGAUAUAAGUUGUGUUAAGUUUAUUAGAACUUAGAAGACUAGGAAAAUCUGUGAAGCACAUAUUGCAAAGAAGAAAUUAGUUGGUGAUUU